AUGAUUGCGGUGGAUGGCCAAUUCUUCUCCCUCAUGGAGGACGUAACCUUUCGGCAUCUGCUGCAGCACCAGGCUCCCUGUACUUGGGACUGCCGCUACAGUGCCGGGAAGGAGGUGAUCAAAACCAUUGACGUCAUCAGCGGGAGUGAGAAUAAGCAGAUCGGCACCAUAAUAAUGAAAGCGAUGUGGGGAUCAUCCGUGAAGAUGGAAGCUAAGUUCUCUGAGGCUGAAGGAGCUCCGUUGGAGGAAGCGCAGAGGGAGGAGGCUCAAGAUGCCCUCUCCUGUGAAGCCAGGAAUGUAAGAGAGACUACGGUGGAGAUAGACAAAGGCUUUGUAUCCAAUGAAAGGAUGGAGAGUUUCUCAAGAGGAUCUCAAGAGAGUAUUUCCUUCGCAGAUGAGCUGGCUCAGAGUGAUGUGGAGGAGACAGUUGGGGAAUUCCAGGGGUUUUCUCUCAAAGCAGCCAAGAAUGAAGGUGCUGAAGGAAACCUCAGUGAUGGAGAUGGACCACAAAGAGGGGAAGGAAGCUAUGCAGAGAAGAGAAGGGAUAAGGCCAUUACUUGCCAAAAAGGGGAUGUAUGUGAAAUCUCAGUCCAAGACAAAAAAGCAACAAAGAAAAGAAGGAACGCAGGCCUCCAUCCUCACCAGAGAAUCCACUCCAGGAAAAAUGAAAAUGAAAGCGUGGCCUUUGGAAAGAGCUUCAGUGAGAGCAUGAACGUUAUUUCCCAGACACAAAUUCCCUCAGGAAAGAAACUCUAUAAUUGCUUGGAGUGCGGAAUGAACUUCUCAGUUCAAACCCAGUACAUUAUCCAUUUGCAAAUGCACAGUGAAAAGAAGACUCAUCAAUGCUUGGAGUGUGGACAGAGCUUUUUUCGUACAGCAGAGCUCCUUAGACAUCAAAGAACACAUACACGAGAGAAACCUUAUAGCCACUUAGAUUGUGGCAAGAGUUUCACACAGAAAUCACACCUUGUUCAACACAAAAGGAUUAAUGCAGGGGAGAAGCCAUUUAUCUGCUCAGAAACUGGAAAGAACUUCAAAUACAGAUCACAGCUCCUUGUGCACCAAAGAAUACACACAGGGGAAAAACCUUUUGAAUGCUCAGAGUGUGGAAAGAGAUUCAGUCGGAGUGGCACUCUUGAACAGCACCAAAGAAUACACACAGGGGAAAAACCUUUUGAAUGUUCAGAGUGUGGAAAGAGAUUCAAUCGGAGUGACACUCUUCAACAGCAUCAAAGAAUUCACAGAGGGGAGAAACCUUUUGAAUGCUUACAGUGUGGAAAGAGAUUCAGUCAACUUGGCACUCUUCAACAGCAUCAAAUAAUCCACACAGGAGAAAAACCUUUUGAGUGCUCAGAGUGUGGAAAGAAGUUCAGUUGGAGUGGCAAUCUUCAACAGCAUCUAAGAACUCACAAAGGUGAGAAGCCUUUUGAAUGCUCAGAGUGCGGAAGGAAAUUCAGUCAGAUGGGACAUCUUCAACAGCAUCAAAGAAUCCACACAGGAGAGAAACCUUUUGAGUGCUCAGUGUGUGGAAAGAAAUUCAAUCGGAGUGGCAAUCUUCAACAGCAUCAAGGAACACACAUAAGGGAGAAACCUUUUGAAUGCUCAGAGUGUGGAAAUAAAUUCAAUUCAAGUGGCAAUCUUCAGUGGCAUCAAAGAAGCCACACAGGGAAGAAACCUUUGGAAUGCUCAGAGUGUGGAAUCAAAUUCAGUCAGAGUGGCCAUCUUCUUGAACAUCUUAGAACUCACUCAGGGGAGAAACCGUUUGAAUGCUCAGACUGUGGAAAGAGAUUCAGUCAGAGUGGCAAUCUUCAACAGCAUAAAAGGACUCACACAGGGGAGAAACCUUUUGAAUGCUCAGAGUGUGGAAAGAGAUUCCGUGAGAGUUCUACUCUUCAGCGGCAUCUAAGAACUCACACAAAAGAAAAGCCUUUUGAAUGCUUAGAGUGUGGAAAGAAAUUCAGUCGUAGUUGCACUCUUCAGCAGCAUCAAAGAACCCACACAGGGGAGAAACCUUUUGAAUGCUCAGAGUGUGGAAAGAAAUUCAGUUUGAGUGGCCGUAGUUGCACUCUUCAGCAGCAUCAAAGAACCCACACAGGGGAGAAACCUUUUGAAUGCUCAGAGUGUGGAAAGAGAUUCAGUCAGAGAGGCACUCUUCAACAACAUCAACGAAACCACACAAGGGAGAAACCUUUUGAAUGCUCAGAAUGCGGGAAAAGAUUUAGUCGGAGUUACACUCUUCAGCAGCAUCAAAGAACCCACACAGGGGAGAAACCUUAUGAAUGCUCAGAGUGUGGAAAGAGAUUCAGUCAGCAUUGCAAUUCUCCGGCUUCCUUCGAGGGCGUGGCCAUGUAUGACACUGAGGUUGAGUGGGCAUUGCUGGAUCCAGGCCAAAGAGCUCCUUACAGGGAAGUCACGCUGAAGAACUAUGGCACUGUGGCCUCCCUGGCUGGGGAUGAUCAAGAGGACGAGGAACUGCAUCAGCUAUUGCCAGAUGAACUUAAGGAUGAAGACUUGAAAGGGAACUUCAGGAAUCAAGGCGGAACUCAGAGGCAGAAGGGAAGCCACAUGGUCAAGGACCGGGAUAAACCCAUUGCUUGCCAAGGGGAGAAUUUCCAUGAAGUAAUUCCCAUGGCAGAGGAAACACACAUGUGCUUGGAAUGUGGAAUCACCUUCUCAGAUCAAAUCCAAUAUAAUAUCCAUUUGCAAAUGCACAGUGGAAAGAAGGCCCAUCAAUGCUUGGAGUGUGGACAGAGCUUCCUCCGUGGAGCAGAGCUCCUAAGACAUCAAAGACAUAGCUACUCAGUCUGUGGCAAGAGUUUCACACAGAAAUCACACCUUCUUCAACACCAAAAGGUUCAUUCAGGAGAGAAGCCAUUUAUCUGCUCAGAGACUGGAAAGACAUUCUCUGAGAGAAGAAGGGAACUGCAUCAAAGAAUCCACACUGAAGAAAAACCUUUUGGGUGCUCAGAGUGCGGAAAAAAAUUCAAUAGGAGUGGUAAUCUUCAGCAGCAUCUAAGAACUCACAUAGGUGAGAAACCUUUUGAAUGCUCAGAGUGUGGAAAGAAAUUCAGUCAGAUUGGCCAUCUUCAACAGCAUAAAAGAACCCAUACAGGAGAAAAACCUUUUGAGUGCUCAGUGUGUGGAAAGAAAUUCAGUCGGAGUGGCAAUCUUCAACAGCAUCAGGGAACACACAUAAGGGAUAAACAUCUUGAAUGCUCAGAGUGUGGAAAGAAAUUCAAUUCUAGUAGCAAUCUUCAGUGGCAUCAAAGAACCCACACAGGGAAGAAACCUUUGGAAUGCUCAGAGUGUGGAAUCAUAUUCAGUCGGAGUGGCCAUCUUCUUGAACAUCUUAGAACCCACACAGGGGAGAAACCUUUUGAAUGCUCAGAGUGUGGAAAGAGAUUCACUCAGAAUGGCAAUCUUCAACAGCAUAAAAGGACCCACACGGGGGAGAAACCUUUUGAAUGCUCAGAGUGUGGAAAGAGAUUCAGUGACAGUUCUUCUCUUCAACGACAUCUAAGAACCCACACAAAAGAGAAACCCUUUGAAUGCUCAGAGUGUGGAAAGAAAUUCAGUCGAAGUUGCACUCUUCAGCAGCAUCAAAGAACCCACACAGGGGAGAAACCUUUUGAAUGCUCAGAGUGCGGAAGGAGAUUCAGUCAGAAUUUCACUCUUCAGCAGCAUCAAAGAACCCACACAGGGGAGAAACCUUUUGAAUGCUCAGACUGUGGAAAGAGAUUCAGUCAGAGAGGCACUCUUCAACACCAUCAACAAAAUCACACAAGUGAGAAACCUUUUGAAUGCUCAGAGUGUGGGAAGAGAUUUAGUAGGAGUUAUACUCUUCAACAGCAUCAAAGAACCCACACAGGGGAGAGACCUUAUGAAUGCUCAGAGUGUGGAAAGAGAUUCAGUCAGCAUGGCAAUCUUCAAAACCAUCUAAGAACCCACACAAAGAGAAAUCAUGUAACUAUUUAGCCAGUGAAAAGAGCUUUUCUCUCAUUAUAUACUUAAAAGAAAACCACCAACCAUAGAGACAGCUGACACCAUGUCAACCCUUGUAAAGAGUUUGCAUCUGCACAGAAACCUUACCCUA